UUUUUUUUUUAAUCUUGCACUUUGAAACCGCGGGACUGUAGCAGGGUGCGCGCGUGUGGUUGGUGCCUUUUUUUUCUUCCCCUGCCUAAACUCCUCUGUCAGCCUGUAAACAUUACCUGAGAAUUCCCCAGCCGAAAAGGCGGCUGGGGCAAGAAACUUCUUGUUAGAACUUCCCACCUCCGGCUUUCCCUCCACCCCUCUUACUGUCCCAACCUUCUGAGACGCUGUUUCUCCUCCCGAAGAGGAUUUAUCUUUUUUUUUUUUCUUUUCUUUUUCUCACCCGGUGCUUUGCAUUUGGGAAGAGGUGAUUUCCAGAGUGGCCAGGUGGGACGCCUCUCUCCCCUUAUUCGGUUUAUUGUUUGGAGUGUUUUCUUUUUCAAUUCCUGUUUUGUUCGGCCCGGGGAGUUUCGCCCCCCGCCCUGCCCGGCUCCGCGGCGCGGAGGAUGGUGUGGAAAUGGCUGGGCGCGUUGGUGGUGUUCCCUCUGCAGAUGAUCUAUCUGGUGGCGAAAGCAGCCGUCGGACUGGUGUUGCCCGCCAAGCUGCGGGACCUGUCGCGGGAGAACGUCCUCAUCACCGGCGGCGGCAGAGGCAUCGGGCGCCAGCUCGCUCGCGAGUUCGCAGAACGAGGCGCCAGAAAGAUCGUUCUCUGGGGCCGGACUGAGAAAUGCCUGAAGGAGACGACAGAGGAAAUUCGGCAGAUGGGCACUGAGUGCCACUACUUCAUCUGUGACGUGGGCAACCGGGAGGAGGUGUACCAGACGGCCAAAGCUGUCCGGGAGAAGGUGGGUGACAUCACCAUCCUGGUGAACAAUGCCGCCGUGGUCCACGGGAAGAGCCUGAUGGACAGUGACGAUGACGCCCUGCUCAAAUCCCAGCACAUCAACACCCUGGGCCAGUUCUGGACCACCAAGGCCUUCUUGCCGCGCAUGCUGGAGCUGCAGAAUGGGCACAUCGUGUGUCUCAACUCCGUGCUGGCACUGUCUGCCAUCCCCGGCGCCAUCGACUACUGCACGUCCAAAGCCUCGGCCUUCGCCUUCAUGGAGAGCCUGACCCUGGGGCUGCUGGACUGUCCGGGCGUCAGCGCCACCACUGUGUUGCCCUUCCACACCAGCACCGAGAUGUUCCAGGGCAUGAGGGUCAGGUUCCCUAACCUCUUUCCCCCACUGAAGCCGGAGACGGUGGCCCGGAGGACGGUGGAAGCCGUGCGGCUCAACCAGGCCCUCCUCCUGCUCCCGUGGACGAUGCAUGCCCUCAUUAUCUUGAAAAGCAUACUCCCACAGGCUGCACUCGAGGAGAUUCACAGAUUCUCAGGAACCUACACCUGCAUGAACACUUUCAAAGGGCGAACAUAAAGGCAGGAUGCAGAGACACGCUCGAAAGCCGCGGAGCCUGAGGGGACCCUGGCACCUGGGCACACACCCACACGCCGUCUCUUGGCACACUUCUGCUGGGGGAGCAAGACUGCUCCUGUCCUGGAGAAGAAUCUGUCUGCCCCUCAGGCCGGCCCCAGGACCUUUGCACAGGACCGAUGGGCAUAACUGACCCCCAUGGGGAGGCAAGAAAUCAGCCAGCAGCCACCUUACUACUUUUGUACAUUUCUGAUUCUGUAGUUUAUUGUUAACUUGCUUCUCAAGUCUAACCAGCCUCAGCUAUGUGCACAGACUAUUUCUGGGAAGGUCUGUGCCCAGAUACUCCUCCUGUCCCUCCAAAAAUCCACUCAUCCUCAGCUUAUGCAAACUGGUUGAACGGCAGGAAUGAAAAAAUAAAGAGAGAUGGCUUUUGCGA